CAUGCCUAAAUUGCCAGAAAUACAUAAAAUAAACGGAGCUGAGUUGAAAGUUUACCAGGAUGCCAAAGUCAAUAAGCUACCGUUUCUAAAACUAUCAGUUGCUGUGUAUAGGCUAGUUAAAACCUUCUUGGGCAUACCUGAAUUAGAAAAGAUUUCCGAAAAUAUAACCACGAAGGACUAUACCGGUUGGCUCACUUUCGAUAUAUCCAAAGCGUUCACAUCCUGGGUUUCCCAAGCAGCACACGCAUUUAAGUUGUAUAUCUCAGUUCACCCGGUAGGAACUGACAAGGCAUUACCUUCAUCGUAUAUAGGGAUAGAUUUUCGUACAACAAAUCGACCUUAUGUUGUAGCAUUUUUGAAAACCAAUGAAAAGUGAAAGUGACAUACUGUCCACUAAGUAAUCCAAACAAUAAAUGGAAGGCUACAAAUGGAUCUAUUCCUUGGCCUCCU